GUGAUUAAUCUCUUUAUUCAGAAUAAGUGAGCGCCACUCACGGAAAUAAAGCCAAUAAAUACAGCACUACCUGAGGGAAAACAGGCACAGGCAUUCUGACAUCUCUGUAGUGACAGCGAGAUGGACAGGCACAAGGUGUUGAGGCUGCUGGUUCUCUGCUUGGCGCUUCUUGCCGUGAUAAAAUUCUUGUACAGCCCGAGCAGGAGGAGAUACCUGAACAUGGACAUCCCUGAUUCCCAAAGUUUCUGGAGGAAGGGUCCUGCUCCUGAAAGCGACAGUGUGGAUCCAUCUGACAAUCCUGAAGCAACUGAGCAGAAAGAGGGGCACCAAAUAGUAGACCACAGGGAAGCAGGGCUAAAUUAUGAAGACAUAGAUCUGGUUAAAGCCCAAAAAGAUGGUGAGGUAGAGCUCAUAGAGGACACAGAUGAAGAAACAAUCGAAGUUAUAAGCGCGCCUGAGGACACACACAAAGGCCCUCUACGGGUAGUUCACCUGGACCUUAAGGGUGCUGCACCAAAGGUCUCAUAUCUGAAGCAGAUUUUUCCACUGCUGUCCUCUCUGGGUGCUGAUGGCAUUUUGUUGGAGUAUGAGGACAUGUUUCCAUAUAAAGGAAAACUUAAAAUCCUCAGGUCACCGUUUGCGUACAGUGAGGAGGACAUAGAAGAAAUUAAGAACUUGGCAAGUCUCAACAACCUUGAGAUCAUACCACUGGUCCAGGUGUUUGGACAUCUAGAGUUUGUUCUGAAGCAUGAGAAGUACGAUCAUUUGAGAGAGGUGGACACGUUCCCCACCAGCCUGAACCCUGUGGCCCCCGGUGCUCUGGAGCUGAUUAAAAGCAUGUUAAUGCAGGUCCUGAAGAAACACCCAAAGGCACGCUGGUUCCACAUUGGAGCUGAUGAGGUUUAUGGGCUCGGCCAGAGCGAGGACUCCAAACACUGGAUGGAAAAGAACAAUGGAGAUGUGGGCGCACUGUACCUCAUGCAUCUGUCUGCAGUUUGCAACACAGUGACUGAAGUCAGGCCUGGCAUUAAGCUGCUCUUUUGGGACGACAUGCUCAGGAAGUUCAGUGUCCCCACCAUACGCAACUCAAGUUUGCCAACACUCGCAUUCCCCAUGAUCUGGAACUACAGCCCAAACAUGGAUGUGAAUAGCGUCGGGCAGCUACUGCAUCAAUACCAGGACUCUGGAUUUAAAGGCGUAUGGUUUGCGAGUGCGUUUAAAGGAGCUUCAGAUAUUGACCAGCGGUGGACACCAAUCAACGCUCGUUUACAGAACCAUCUAGGCUGGCUCAAAGUCAUCGAGUCAAUGACAGAGUUCCCCUCUAUAGAAUAUCAAGGCAUUGCUCUAACAGGCUGGCAAAGGUUUGAACAUUUCACUGUGCUGUGUGAAAUAUUCCCUGUGGGCAUCCCUUCCCUGGCCGUCUGCUUGCAGACUCUAAAACACGGUUCAUUUAAUCAAGAGGCAGAAAAUGACGUACAUCAGAUUUUGGGCUGUAAAAUUCAAAUGGAAGCAAACAAUUGUGAAGGCAGUGGGGCGUUUGCAGGAGCUGAGGUUUAUCACACAAUACAGAAGAUCCACAACGAGCUGCAGACCUCCAUUCAAAACAUAAAGGCAGAUCACUUUUUGCGAGGUUCUCUCAGUCCGUACCAUCAGAAAUACAGCUUUGCAAACCCACGGAAUAUUGGAUUCUUCAUAAACACACUAAAGAAAUUGCUUGAGGAUUGGGAGUCCACCCUGAAAACGUUUCGGACACAGAUGGAGGACAUCUUUUAUCCAGACGCGGUAGAGGAAUGGAUGGAGGAGAACGUCAAUGAACACCUAAAUAGACUUCGCACCAUGGUGGAAAGCGCAGAGCACCUGAACAGCCUUAAAGGACGUCCAAAGAGUCUUAAAGAGUCUUAACGAGUCUUAAAGUUGCUGAGUGAAUUUACCAGUUACUAUAGGAAACAUGGAUGGUGUGGUUCCAUUUGGUUCAAUUCUACACAGAACUGAAGCCAUAAUUGUCGCCAUGUUUUCACAAUAGCAAAUAAAGUCGCAGUAGACACUGGAUAAGGAAAGUCAUGGCAAGGGGUGGGCGGAGCUACACAUUAUACUGCAACCAUCCAGAAGAGGCGCUAGACCUGUGGUGGCUUUACUUUCGAGAGAUGAUUGUUUUCCAUGCUUACUGCAGUCUGCAUAAGGAUUAACCAAAGACUAUGAAGAAGGAUGUGGGUAAAAAGUAAAGGUGUGGGUAACUUAACUUAGACACGUUAUAUUUACAUUACUUGGCGGUGCAGGGGCAGUAUACCUAAGGUUGAAUGUACGGUUAAAUACGGGUACUGUGAAUGUGUGUUCAGAAUACACAAAUUAAAUAUUUGGUAUAUUUUUUCAAAAUAUCAUUACAUAAUUCAGGGAAACUUUACAAUGUUUAAAAGAUGUAAAAAAUAAAAUAUUGUUUUAAAAGCA